AUGGUGGACGAGGGAGGAAGAUCUGCAGCAGCACACCCCACAGUGAGUCAUGCUUCAGCCAGUCUGUGUCUGAGUCACGCUGUGUCUUUCUAUAUGGUUUCAAAAAUGUCUGCUGGUAUUCAGGCAGAAGAGUCUGAAGUGUAAAGCUGUUUUUCAGUAGAGCUAAGCAGACUGUUUAGUUGUAGCUGUCUUGUAACAAAAUAAUAGUAUAUAUUUUUUAUUUUGUUAACUACUGCCUUCAAGAAGUGCAUUGGCCAGUUUUUUUUUUUCCUCCACUGCUUUCUCCAUAAAAAUGUUUUAGCUGCACUCGCUCUGGUCUCUGGGUAGAGGGGGGGGGGGGGGGUUUAAAGGACAUGUCAGCACAUAGCUGAGCUCCACGUGGCUGCCAGGCUCCUCCCCUUCUGAGCCGGAAGCACAAUGGCUGACUUCUCUCCUCCCCUUCUCUCUCUCUCUCCUCCCCUUCUCUCCUCCCCUUCUCUCUCUCUCUCUCUCCUCCCCUUCUCUCUAUCUUGCUGUCUCUGCUGCUGCUUCUGUGGCAUACCCCCCUCUCCCCUCUUCCGUCCACUGCCCCUCCCUCUCUCCCCCAGGAAGAGGCUGAAAUGUGAGUGUGUGCACAGAAUGACAGAAGAGGAGCCAAGUUUUUUUAUUUGUUUUUAUUUUUAUUUAUUUUUGCACUAGCCGGAGCUUAUUUGACAAAGUUCUGUAGUUUUUUUUUCUUCCACUCCUUUUUUUCUGGAAUCUCACUCCCCCUCUCUUUGGCCCCCUUUUGACUGACUGACUGACUAGUUCGGUGCUCUGUGGGCGGGGGCGCUUGCAUUCCAGUGCUGCAGCUCCACAAGGCCAGUCGCUCUGGCUUCUCUCUCGCUCUCUCUCUCACCCUCCCGCUCUCUCCCUCUGUACGUGUGUGAGAAAGCUGGGAACGAGGCUCUGCCCUGCUGUCUCUGCCCUGCUGUCUCUGCCUUGCUGGCUCUGCUCUGCUCUGCUCAGUGAGUUGUUGAGGGAGUAGGCUACGUGCGUGUUCCCAGCCACGGUUGCAAAAGCAGCCUGCUUGCUGGGAGAGGCCUGCAGGCCGACAACUCAACUCCGGGCCCAGGAUGAGAGAGGCCUUCUAGGGGCUCUGGAGCCUGUCCGUGUGCCAGGUAAACGACUACCAGUGGGGGAAUGUGCUGGCUCACGCCUGUUGCUGACAACUUUUACAGUGUGUACGUGCAUGUGAAGGAGAGAGCGAGAGGAGAGUUUGUGAUAGAAAACAUGUUGCUCAGUGGAAGGGCACGCCUUGUAAGUGAGUAAUCAUCUGUUUUUCAGUAGUUCAAAGGAGUAUUGUACGAUGUGCUUUUCAAUAACAUAAAAUCUGGCGGAUUUUCUAGGUGUAGUUUGAGUGAUCAUAUGGAGAGAGCAAAGGAAAUGUCUGUCUUGCACUGGAAUUUGUUUGGUAACUUGGCUGAAGUUGAGUUUGUCCGUAGUCAAAUUUUGUUGGAAGAAUUCACAAAAACAAGGCAGCAAUCUGUGUAGAAAUGGGUUUCUCAGGCUGCAUAGCUUUGUGGGGUUGGUGUUUCUUGUGUCAGUAUGUGAGAAAUGUAGCUCUGCUGAUUGAGAAGACGCUGCUAGGCCACAGCCCUACAGUACAACACAGAAGACUUGGCACAGUUGGAAACAGGGCCUUGCAUCAUAGAAAGCAGUUAGUUGUAGCAGCUCUUCUCCAGCUUCUUCCUCCCACUAAACUCACCCCCUCUCUCCUUUACUCUGGCUAUUUCUCACUCUUUUUUGCUCUCCUAUAGAAAGGGACUGAAGCAAGAGCAAGUAACAAGUUUUUCUCGAUGGCUCUCCUGCAUUCUCUCUCUUUUUCUAUAUUCUUCUUCUUGUAUCCCUCACUGUUGUCUUGUGUCCUCUCUAUAGAUCAUAAUACGAGACCCUAACCAGGGUGGUAAAGACAUCACUGAGGAGAUUAUGUCAGGGGGCACCCGCAGUGGUGCCACCCCCACACCCCCACAGGUGAGCGACGACUCUUCAGAGGUGAGCUACCAUACUCUCGUCACCAACUAUCAUCCCUUUACACACCUUUACCUACCAUACAGUCAUGUCUCUGAAUGGGCAGACAUUUUGUUUUCAUAUUUGACAUUGUAUCUAACCUUCAUAAGGUUGUGUCCACUCUAGUUAUCUAAUGUCUGUGUGUUGUGGUGUUCUGUCCCUCCUUUAGUCAUCUAUAUCUGGAUCAGAGGGCCCAGCCGUUGCCCAGGCCAACGGUGAGAACGUGACACCUGUCGUCGUCAGACCAGGUGAGUUGGCCGAGGGGUCAGGUAAUCUUGAAGGAUGUAGCUGGCCAUACCCAUCCAGUAUAUAGAAGUCAUUUUUCGUGAAUUUGACUAAAUCGCAUAGACCGGCAAAAUGCUCCUUUUGGAAAGGACCCAUGCAUUUUGGCCAUUUAAUGACGGAUUGAUAAUAAGUGGGUAAUUAUCAAAAGAUGAUCAACAGAUAUGAGGGUAAAUUUUAACAUUAGUAUGGUACUAUGGGCCACUUGAGUCUUUUAAAUUCACCCUAGAAAGGUAAUGGUUAAGCAGGCCCUCUCAUGGUUUUUCCUCGUCAUCGCCUUUCCUCCUCAGAUGACCGAGGGAAACCUGCAGCCACUCUCAUCACUGGCCCCCCAGCCCCGUCUAAAACCCCUGAACUGGUCAAGACUGCCCCUGCCCCUACAGAGGUCAAACCCCCAGACACGGACAGUAACUCCCCUUCCUUACCCCAGGACCUACCCACCCCCCCACCCUCAACUAGUCCCGUUGCAGACGUGAUGGACGCACCAGCCCCGGCCGCUGCUCCAGCCCCAUCUGCCCCUGAAGUGCCCGCUUACCCUGCGCCCCUGCCUGAACCCCGCCCCACUCCUGCAGCCGAGGAGCAGCCCUCAGCCGCCAAGGAGGCUCGGGAGGAGGAGAAGGAGAUUAAAGAGGAGGUGGCGAAGGCUAGGGAGGAGGUGACUACAUCAUCCAAACCUGAGCCUUCCCUUGCUCCAGUGACCACCCCAAGCAGCAGCACUAACAGUGUGUCUGCCACCCAGCCUCCCCGAGCCGAGGAGGAGGAGCCAUCAGCCCUGUCCAUCACCUUGCCCUCCCCCCAGGCAGCAAAACCCCCGCUGGAGUCUCCCAUCGCCCAGCCAGAGGAGCUCAGGCUGCCCAACGGCCUGCCUCUCCCCAGCCCACAGGACCCUGAGAAGGUGUCUGCAGAGUCGUCGGAGUGUGACGUCAGCCCCAUCGCUGAGCCUGAGAUGGCCCACUUACAGAGGGAGGCACCCGUGCCUAAACCCAUGCCUGUUGCCGUGACGGCAUCGCCUGUUGCCGUGACGGCAUCGCCUGUUGCCGUGACGUCAACGCCCGCCCCCGUUGCCGUGACGCCAACGCCCGUUGCCGUGACGCCAAUGCCCGCCCCCGUUGCCGUGACGCCAAUGCCCGCCCCUGUUGCCGUGACACCAAUGCCCGCCCCUGUUGCCGUCCAGGUGACUGUUGCCCCCGUGGUCCUAGCUGAGACUGCUACUACUACAGAGGUAACCCCUCCCCGUGUGGAAGACCAGAUGGACUCUCCACCACCACAGAGCAACACCCCAGCCGGGGAGAGUUCUAUGCAAGGUCAGUAUCAGUCUGACAGACUCACACUUUUUCUCUCUGUUUUUGAAACAGUCUCCCUCUAUCUCUGUCUUUUUCUCUAUCUAGAUUCAUCUGUUUGUCAUUCAACCACAUCGUUUUUUUCAAUUCCUAACCCUACCCCUUGGCACUUCGUGAAGAUAAAACAUUGGCUAGGAGGAUCUGCCCCUUGAGGCGUUGCAGUCCGACUGUGUGUCGGGCCUGUGUCAUGAGGGGCAGAGAGUGACAGGGUUAUGUCUACGCCGAGGACCCAGAACAGCGGGUACUUGGAGUGAUCAUAGCUCCAACAGAAAGCCAUAAAAAUAAAAUGUUGGAUAGGUGGCAAUGUGGUAACCGCUCCACUUGAUUUCUGACAGGCUAGGUGGAGUGUGGGUGCUAGGGUUGGAUUAGGGAUUGAUUUCUGACAGGCUAGGUGGAGUGUGGGUGCUAGGGUUGGAUUAGGGAUUGAUUUCUGACAGGCUAGGUGGAGUGUGGGUGCUAGGGUUGGAUUGGGGAUUGAUUUCUGACAGGCUAGGUGGAGUGUGGGUGCUAGGGUUGGAUUAGGGAUUGAUUUCUGACAGGCUAGGUGGAGUGUGGGUGCUAGGGUUGGAUUAGGGAUUGAUUUCUGACAGGCUAGGUGGAGUGUGGGUGCUAGGGUUGGAUUAGGGAUUGAUUUCUGACAGGCUAGGUGGAGUGUGGGUGCUAGGGUUGGAUUGGGGAUUGAUUUCUGACAGGCUAGGUGGAGUGUGGGUGCUAGGGUUGGAUUGGGGAUUGAUUUCUGACAGGCUAGGUGGAGUGUGGGUGCUAGGGUUGGAUUGGGGAUUGAUUUCUGACAGGCUAGGUGGAGUGUGGGUGCUAGGGUUGGAUUAGGGAUUGAUUUCUGACAGGCUAGUGGAGUGUGGGUGCUAGGGUUGGAUUGGGGAUUGAAUUCUGACAGGCUAGGUGGAGUGUGGGUGCUAGGGUUGGAUUGGGGAUUGAUUUCUGACAGGCUAGGUGGAGUGUGGGUGCUAGGGUUGGAUUAGGGAUUGAUUUCUGACAGGCUAGGUGGAGUGUGGGUGCUAGGGUUGGAUUAGGGAUUGAUUUCUGACAGGCUAGGUGGAGUGUGGGUGCUAGGGUUGGAUUAGGGAUUGAUUUCUGACAGGCUAGGUGGAGUGUGGGUGCUAAGGUUGGAUUAGGGAUUGAUUUCUGACAGGCUAGGUGGAGUGUGGGUGCUAGGGUUGGAUUAGGGAUUGAUUUCUGACAGGCUAGGUGGAGUGUGGGUGCUAGGGUUGGAUUAGGGAUUGAUUUCUGACAGGCUAGGUGGAGUGUGGGGUGCUAGGGUUGGAUUAGGGAUUGAUUUCUGACAGGCUAGGUGGAGUGUGGGUGCUAGGGUUGGAUUGGGGAUUGAUUUCUGACAGGCUAGGUGGAGUGUGGGUGCUAGGGUUGGAUUAGGGAUUGAUUUCUGACAGGCUAGGUGGAGUGUGGGUGCUAGGGUUGGAUUAGGGAUUGAUUUCUGACAGGCUAGGUGGAGUGUGGGUGCUAGGGUUGGAUUAGGGAUUGAUUUCUGACAGGCUAGGUGGAGUGUGGGUGCUAGGGUUGGAUUAGGGAUUGAUUUCUGACAGGCUAGGUGGAGUGUGGGUGCUAGGGUUGGAUUGGGGAUUGAUUUCUGACAGGCUAGGUGGAGUGUGGGUGCUAGGGUUGGAUUAGGGAUUGAUUUCUGACAGGCUAGGUGGAGUGUGGGUGCUAGGGUUGGAUUAGGGAUUGAUUUCUGACAGGCUAGGUGGAGUGUGGGUGCUAGGGUUGGAUUAGGGAUUGAUUUCUGACAGGCUAGGUGGAGUGUGGGUGCUAGGGUUGGAUUAGGGAUUGAUUUCUGACAGGCUAGGUGGAGUGUGGGUGCUAGGGUUGGAUUGGGGAUUGAUUUCUGACAGGCUAGGUGGAGUUUGGGUGCUAGGGUUGGAUUAGGGAUUGAUUUCUGACAGGCUAGGUGGAGUUUGGGUGCUAGGGUUGGAUUGGGGAUUGAGUGUCAAUCCAUGGUGGUUUAGUCUGACUGUGUUGGUGGUGUUCUGCUUGUAGCUGCUGUUUCUGUGCCGAAGAAAAAGAGGAAGAUGAAGGAUCUGAACAAGAAGGAGGCUGUUGGAGACCUCCUGGAUGCCUUUAAGGAGGUCCGUUCACACAAACUACCCACGCAAUCUCAUAUCAAAGCUUUAAAAAUGGCUGUUCACAACCCAAAAUAUAAAAAUGUUUUUACAGACUACUCUUUCCUCAAUCCCUCCUCUUUUCUCUCUCCCCCCUCUCUCUCUCUCUCUCCCUCUCCAGGAGCAGGUAGUGCAGAGCCCGCCUGAGCCAGAGCAGGCCACACCCACUUCUGCCGCUGACGCUGAGGAGCCCCGCCCAGCCGCCACCCCUGCAGUCGAAGAGGUGGAUGAGACGUGGGAGGAGAAGGAAGACAAACUGGAUGCAGAGAACAUUGAACCCAAGCCCGGGGAUCUGAAGUACCAGUACAGAGAGGGUGGGUUCUGAACCUUGGCCAUAAGAGGCCCUGUAACAUUUCUAUACUUACUUAGAAACGUAAUCCUCUUAACGUUAUCCUCUACACCUUAUCUCACAAGGUCUGCCUUUACUGUCAGUCAAGAGAGGAUGCAAAGUUUAACUUUAUUGGAAAUGCUUUGUCAGAGCACGAGUCCUAAAGUCCCAUUUGACGUCAAUGUAUGAUUUUUUUUUUUUAAGGUAAACAUUAGUGAAACUGAGCGAUACUCAGGUCGGAUGCCAGACUAUAUACCCUAACUCUACCAAUCUAAACCCUGAACUACCGAGUGGCGCAGUGCUAGCUGUGCCACUAGAGAUCCUGGUUCGAAUCCAGGCUCUGUCGUUGCCGGCCGCGACCGGAAGACCCAUGGGGGGGGGCGCACAGUUGGCCCAGCAUCGUCCAGGGUAGGGGAGGGAAUGGCCGGCAGGGAUGUAGCUCAGUUGGUAGAGUUUGCAACGCCAGGGUUGUGCGUUCGAUUCCCACGGGGGGCCAGUAUGAAAAAUAAAUAAAAUAAUAAUGUAUGCACUCACUAACUGUAAGUCGCUCUGGAUAAGAGCAUCUGCUAAAUGACUAAAAUGUAAAAUGUAAUAAUGUGAUUCCUCUAUAAUUCCUUGUUCCUCCAGAACUAUGUAGGCCUAUAGACCCAGAGGAGAAGAAGAGGUAUGACAGGGACUUCCUGCUGGGCUUCCAGUUCAUCAGUGCCGCCAUGUCCAAGCCUGAGGGCCUGCCUCAGAUCAGUGAUGUCGUGCUGGACAAGGUACAGUACAACACACUGUCCCCUGCUGGACUGGAGGAACCACUGCACACUCCAUUCGAGAAUUGUAUAGAUUGUUUUCUUCAGAUGGACCACAUUAUUCACCAGUUAUUUGUUUUGUUGUCUUUCUUUGUCCGACAUUCUUUCUCUCUAUUCCUGGUACUACUUCUCGCUCUCCAGGCGAAUAAGGCCCCUCUCCGCCAGUUGGACCCCGGCCGUUUGCCGGGGAUGAACAUGGGCACUGACUUCACGCCCUCGUUUGCCAACCUGGGCAGGCCUGGAAUGGGAGGGGGAGGAGGAGGAGGAGGAGGAGGAGUUGGUGGAGGAGGAGGAGGUGGCCACAGAGGAGGACCAGUGAGUUACCAUGGGAAACUGUCAAUCUUCUCAAAGACUACACUCUGAUUCUGAAAGUCUGUGAUUAUAUUAAAGCAAUGUUGACUGAAUUUCUUUCCUUUUCCCCUCCCUCCUCUCCUCCAGCCCUCUGGUAUGGGUGGUGGAGGACCACGUCGCUCCCAGCAGGGCCAGCGUAAGGAACCCAGGAGGAUCAUCAACAUCUCUUCGUCUCUGACGGACGACGUGAAGCUCAAUAAGGCUGAGAAGGCCUGGAAGCCCGCCGUCAAGAAGGCUACCAGUGGGCAAGCUGCUCCUGAGGAGGAGAGCGACGACCCAGAACAGGCCAAGACCCAGGAGCUGUUCAAGAGGGUCCGUAGUAUCCUGAACAAGCUGACCCCUCAGAUGUUCCAACAGCUGAUGAAGCAGGUCACAGAGCUGACCAUCGAUACGGAGGAGAGGCUGAAGGGAGUGAUAGAUCUGAUCUUUGAGAAGGCCAUCUCUGAACCCAACUUCUCCGUGGCCUACGCCAACAUGUGCCGCUGCCUUAUGGGGGUGAGUGACUAUGAAGGGUGUAUGUGUGUUCAGCUAGUGUGCUGGGCUUGGUCCGGUGAUGACCUCCGUUCUGUGCCACGUGUCUGGGCCACUGACUGGAGUGGUUCUACUACACUCAUCACGUUCCCUCUUAUGCUUUAUGUGACAUCUGCAAAGCUCUCCAACCGUGGCCUAAAUGUUUGUUUUUGUCUUUUCCUCUCGUCAGCUCAAAGUCCCCACUACAGACAAGCCGGGAGUCACUGUGAAUUUCCGCAAGCUGCUUCUGAACCGCUGUCAGAAGGAGUUUGAGAAGGACAAGGACGAUGAUGUCAUCUUUGAGGAGAAGCAGAAAGAGCUGGACGCUGCAGCCACGGUACGAGCUGGGCUCUGUGACCAAUUCAAAUGUCUCUCUCACACUUUGAAUUGGUUUUGGUUUCAGUAGGAGUUAGCUGACCAUCUGUGUGCUAUACCUCCCUCCCCCUGCUUCCUCUCCCUCUGUUACAUCACUACCUGUCUGAAGGAGGAGAAGGAUCGACUGAAGGCGGAGCUGGAGGAGGCCAAAGACAAGGCACGGCGGAGGUCGCUAGGCAACAUCAAGUUCAUCGGUGAGCUGUUCAAGCUGAAGAUGCUGACGGAGGCCAUCAUGCACGACUGCAUCGUCAAGCUGCUGAAGAACCACGAUGAGGAGUCGCUAGAGUGCCUCUGUAGACUCUUGUCCACUAUAGGGAAGGACCUGGACUUUGAGAAGGCAAAGGUAACCCUGAACCUGUGUCUCCCACACACACACACACACACACACACACACACACACACAUCCUUUAGAACACUUACACCAAAUGAUUUAUAAGGAACUUAGAUUUACACACCAACACACACACACUAACCUGGCUGUCUCUCUUUCUGUAGCCUCGUAUGGACCAGUACUUUGCCCAGAUGGACAAGAUCAUCAAGGAGAAGAAGACAUCGUCCAGAAUCCGCUUCAUGCUGCAGGACGUACUGGACCUCAGGAGGGUAAUGCCUCCUAACGCACACACACACACCAGUGUCUGGGGAAUGCUUCAGCCCCCUCACCUAAACCUUUUGGUCAUCUCUAUCUAAUCUGACUGACCCUUGUCCUCUGGUUGGUAUGUAUCCAAGCCUAUCUGUAAACACUAUGGGUCAAACUACCAUAGACAGAAUGGUCUCCCCUAACCCAACAUUACCUCUGAACUUAUCCCUGAUCCCAAAUCACCUCUGACCUCUAGUCUCACUUCCUUUACAAGCCCCCUCUAUGCAUGCAUGUAGUGUAUCAUAGUGGGUGUGUUGUUUUACAGCCCCAUAGACGCCCACACUAGUCUGUAGUCCUGGCCCGUGUUGGUUCUGAAGUGGGCUAAGAGAGAGAGAAACUCAGCUCUUUAAUACAGGGAGGCUCCCCAGCUGGGCCCCUCUGUGCCAUAGGCUGAGACAGGAGUCAGUCUGCACACCGCAGCCAAUAACAUCUCUCCAAGCUACUGUAAACCCUCCCUCCUCUCCAUGUCAUUCACCAUCUAGAUUUUUACCACCCUUCUAAACGGAUGUGUCCAUUGAUGUUCACAUAAACUACUUAACCAUUCCUGUUAGUUUUGGGCAGUAUCCAGAUUGUACCUUCAUACCGACCUUGUGCCGUACAGGGAUAUUCGGUAAUACCUGCACUGAACACGAGCGCUAUUUUCAAUCCCAAGGUUAGCAACGCUAACAAGUACAAGUCAAAUCUAACAAACUCAUGCAAACAAUUUAUAAAGUCUGACACACAUUGCAGGAAAGACAUCUGACUCAUAAAGUUAUAUAUGUCACUCAAAAAUGCAACACCCAUUGCUGCACACGCAAAACUAAUAUUAGACGGCAAGGAAGGGAUUCUCUGCUGUUACCAAGAGGAGCUUGAUUGCAAGAAGCUAACAAUUUAGCUAGAAGAACUUGGUACAUAUUUAGCAAACCAAAUGCACAACUGCAGAGCAUUUAGCACAUUUUAGACAGUUAACUUAAUAGUUGUAAGAUAUCUAGUUGUGAACUCCAUACUGUAACUAGAUCACCUUCAGUUACUCCCAAGACUACCUGGAAGCUUCAUAAUGAGAUAAUGACAUCUGCAUUAUCUCCUGAAUUGCACAAGUUGACUGCAGACAUUAACUUAAAAAGUAGCUACAAAUAUUCAAAGAAUAUAGUUUCAGCGGUAUUGACAGUAUUGAAAAACUGUCCCGUGGGUAUUUCCAAAUACCCUGGUAUAUACGUUAUACAUCCCAAGCCUAAUGCCUAUGACCCAUUCACUAAGCUUUCAGUGGUUCACAAACUCACAUUUCUUUCUUUGUUUGAAAACUACUAGUUACUAAGGACAUACAGGUAUGUUUACUUAGGAUAUGUAGCUUGGGCCUCUAUCUAAGGUCUAGAUGUGCAUUUAUUUGUACAGUGCUGUUAGCUGUGUGUGUGUCUGAGGUUUCCCAUAAUGCAGUUUACUGGAAAAUAUAAAUGCUGGACUGUUCCACUUUAACUAGUUUAGUCUCCAGUGACCUUUCUGGGAAAAUGUCUGCAGAGCCUCUUUGUGUUUGUUUGACUGUGACUUGCAGUGCUGUGGCGUUGUACUGGAUCCAGUCUCCCCACUGUCUGAUCCCUGUACAACAUAGGUCAUGUAGGUCUACAUGUUCAGACAGGGUUCCAACACGUGCACCACAUUAUAUGAUCUCUAUGGUUCCACCCCAAGUAAGUUUGUUACCAAAGCAGCAGUCGGGAUGUUUCAUAAGAGCUGAUCAGCUGCACUCAGUCGGCACACUGGCCCCUGUCGUUUACUAGGAAAACACUAGUUUCAGUUUCCUUGGUCUGGAAAAGCUGACAGCGGGGUCAAGGUAGGGCAAGGCAUCUCGCUCUCUCUCGCUAUGUAGCCUAGUUGUCAAGUGACCCAUUUAUCUCUUAAUUUAUUGACUAAGGGACUUAUGCCUCGAAGAGAUAUGGAGUGUUAAGAGUACGCCACACUUUCCCAUCUAACUCCAAUCCUCAGUUAAACUAUAUUACUGUACUCACUCCCUCCCAGAACACGUGGGUCCCCAGGAGAGGAGAGCAGGGCCCCAAGACCAUAGACCAGAUCCACAAGGAGGCUGAGCUGGAGGAGCACAGGGAGGUUCUCAAGGUGCAGCAACAACUCCUCAACCAGAACACCCGAGGAGGAAGUGGAGGACGUGGAGGAGGAGGAGGAGGAGGAGGAGGAGGAGGAAGAGAUCAGGGGAACCGCGGGGGCCAACACCCCCAGGCGGGCCAGAGGAGUCAGCCUCAGGAUGAGGGCUGGAACACAGUUCCCAUCUCCACCAAGAGCAGACCCAUCGACACCAGCCGACUCAGCAAGAUCACUAAGGUCAGUGAUACAUCAUACUGUGGAUUCUCAGCCACGUAUCGUAGACCCCAUACUCAGUUUGGACUGAAACACUCCAACCCCCUCCACUUGCAGUCUAGCAACCACCUCCUUAACCUUCAACCCCAUUAUAAAGUUCUAUCAGCCCUACCAUUCCCAACUCUUCUAAUCUGUUGGACUGAAAACCCUAAACCCACUCACUCUGUAGUCUAGCACACACCACUUAACCUUUAACCUCCAUUUAGAGUUAUGACCAUACCAAUCCUGACUCCUCCAAACUUCUUAUUUAUGUAACUUGAAACCUCAGACCUUUCUCAGAUCUCAAGAUGACAUCAACAAUUCUGCUAGUCUUCUUUCCUCAACAGUAAUGUUUCUAACCUCUCCUUCUCUCUGCAGCCUGGGGCUUUGGACUUCAACAACCAGCUGCUGGCGCCCCAGCUCGGGGGCAAGGGCAUGUGGGGCAGCUGGGGUAAGGGUAGCAGUGGAGGCACCACCGGAGCCAAACCCGCUGGGGAAGCCAGUAAGUCAUUUUACCAGUACACCCACCACUGUGAAAUAUCUACUCUUAGACUCCUUAAACACAAAGUGUGUGUGUAUGUGUGUAGCCCCAGAGUCAGGAGGCCGCCCAGCCACCAGCACCCUCAACAGGUUCUCAGCCCUGCAGCCACAGCAGCCCUCACAGGACUCGGACAGAAGACUUCCUCAGAGGUCAGCAGCACUGGGACGUUACAACAGACUACAUCUGUCCUUUACAUAUCUCUUUCUGUCUGUGAGGUUUUCUCUUUGUGUCAGAUAGUCACUGGUUUAAAUAUGGAACAUCACUGUUACCACUCUUUGUAUCAACCCCCCCCCCCCCCCCCGUACACAAACAGGAACAGCUCGAGCCGGGACCGUGGCAGCGACAGAUUUGAGCGUCAUGACCGUGGCAGCAACGACCGCUUCGACCGGCGGGACGACCGGGACAGGAACCGGCCCCCGGUCAGCAAGCGGAGCUUUAGCAGGGAGACAGAGGAGCACAGCAGAGAGAGGGAGCACCGUGGCCCUGCUGAUCCCGUACGCCGCGUAGCCAGCAUGACCGACGACAGGGACCGGGGCAGCAGAGACCGAGCUAGGAGCAAAGAGAAUGGUACGAAACACAGCAUACAUUCUGUCAGGCUUACAGUACUGCUGGCAGGAGUGACCAGGGCUUUAAAGGGACAGGGAAAGGCAGAGAGUUGGUGCUAUGUUAUCCAAAUCAGGAACAGUUUAUGGGGAAUUUGUAGUGUUUUAAAAGGCAAGGAUUUCUCAGGCAGACAUUUUGAGUAACUUCUGUAUGUGACAUUCUCUCUCUGUUUGGGCCACAGUGAAGAGGGAAGCUGCUCCAACCCCCCCUCCUCCCCAGACCAAACCUGCCUUGAGUGAAGAAGAGCUGGAGAAGAAGUCCACAGCUAUCAUAGAGGAGUACCUACACAUCAAUGACAUGAAGGUACAUCACAUUUAUACCCAUGCAGAUCAUUGGCCUACAUAUCAACCACACACAGAUAUGCAACAGUUGAAUGAUGCAUACUGUAGCUAGUUGGCCACAUGGUGCUAAUUUGAAAAUGGCUUUCCAUGUAAAUGAUAUACAACAAACUGUUUUUAACCAGUUUUUAUUACUGAAACACAGCCCUACUUUAGAGGAGUAAAAGGAACCUUUUGAAUCCUGUUUGUUUCCCCUCCGGCGCUGUAGGAGGCGCUGCAGUGUGUAGUGGAGAUGAACAGCACCCCGCUGCUCUUUGUGUUUGUACGGAGCGGUCUGGAGUCCACUCUGGAGCGCAGCCCCAUCGCCAGAGAACGCAUGGGCCUGCUGCUGCACCAGCUGUACAAGGCAGGCACCCUGCCCACAGAGCAGUACUACAGAGGGUCAGUCACCUCAUUUUUCUGCCUGUGGAACAGCACUACACACAAAUGAGUUGUGAAACAUUGAAUAUGUGAAAAGGGUGGUUGGUAGUGGACCACUAGUAUAUUUACCUUUUUUCAUUUUAUAGAUCAAGUCUAUCUGAUAAAUCUGAGUGAUUUUGAUUUGGAGUGUGUGUGUUAUGUUUGUGUGUGUCUCAACAGGCUUCAGGAGAUACUGGAGGUGGCAGAGGACAUGGCUAUAGACAUCCCACAUAUCUGGCUCUACCUGGCUGAGCUCAUCACCCCUAUGCUCCACGAAGGAGGCAUCCCCAUGGGACAGCUCUUCAAGUCAGUCCCAGGCUUCAUUCUAGGCCUCUACUAAUAAUAACCCUAUUCAAUCAGUCAGUAUCAUCUAUAUUACGAUGUGACCUACUGACCUUGUUUUGACCUUUGACCCUGCAGAGAGAUAUCCAAGCCCCUGGUUCCUCAGGGGAUGGCUGGAGUUCUGCUGGUCCAGGUCCUUACCCUACUCUGCAAAGGAAUGGUACGUUCUCUCACUACCCAACCUGUAAAGGAGAUGUUGCUUUAUUACCUUUUGAUGUUUGAAUCCUAUACAAAUGUCAUGUUUGUGGAUCCUAAGUGUUUUAAAUGGAACCACCUGUAUCCGUCUACCUCAGAGCCAUAAAAAGGCAGGCGCCAUGUGGAGGGAGGCGGGGCUUAGCUGGAAAGACUUUCUGCCUGAGGACGAGGAUGUCAACAAGUUUGUGACAGAAAAGGUAAGCGGUCAGAGGUCAUGACCCUGUAGGGAUUGAAAGGAGAUACACCAUUUAGUAUUGACCUUAAACUGCGCUGAGAGACAAAUAUGAAAUAAUAGUCAAUUAUUCAAGGUAGACUCAGCGAAAUGACGUUGGCACGAGCAGCACCGCUGAUAUUGAGAUGCAAGACUUCGCUCUCACACAAUCUGUGCUUGUGCAUUGGUUUGCUUUACGGUCUUACAGCCAGGGGACCAAAACAGCUGGGAAGUUGACCUCACGCUUUAACACUCUUAGUUGUUGCGAAAAAUUGACCCGCUAUGCUGUUUAUUUUCUGCAUCUACGUCAUACCUUUUAGAUCAAUCGAUCAAAUUUAAAUCAAAUGUGAUAGUCUUACUUGCAUCAACAGUUUUCCCAUGGUGCUUUAAGGGCUUUCCAGACAGGAAGCGGCAGCAGAGUUGCCCAUUUAUUUUCAAUGGCACUAGGCGGGCAACGUUAUUCUAGGCGGAGCGAUCUGCGGUGCUCGUACACGUGAAAGCCGCUCAGCCGAGGUGGAGAAAUAGGAAUCUGCUCUAUUUUGGCGACCUUUGCUCUGCCCCAUCGCUUCCUGUCUGGAAAGCCCUCAACAGUAAUGAUGGGAUGUUUCACUCUCUUGCUGUGUGUACCCUCUGAAUGCAGAAUGUGGAGUUCACCCUGGGAGGAGGAGGUGAUGAGACGGAGAAGAGCAGUAAGAAGGAGCUGAGCUCAGAGGAGCUGAACAAACAGCUGGACAGACUCAUACAGGACAAGGCUGACAACCAGAGGAUCUACGAUUGGGUCGAGGUAUGAUGUGUGUGUCCACUCACCCAAUUAAUAUUUUGAUUUGCUUUUGGUUCCUUCUGCAGUAGUUUUACCAAUAGACUCCGUUAUAUAUGUCCCUGUUAUAUAUCUCACUGCUCAACCCCACUGAUAUGUGUUGAUGUACUGUGCCCUCCCUCUUUAGGCUAACCUGGACGAGACACAGAUAUCCUCCAACGUGUUUGUCAGAGCAGUCAUGACAUCCAUCUGCCAGUCGGCCAUCAUCUGUGAGUUACCCUACCUUUAUUGCUACCACCUCUCAAUCCAACACUGUAUCAGGACAACCCUCCACUCAAAUACCCUUUUCACACUACAUAGCAGCACUGUACCAAUGCAUAGUUGCCGGAACCGUGCUGGAAAGGACAAUUGUGAAAUAAUAUAUCCGAGCCAGCUUAUUAUGGUUCAGAUCACUCCAAACGCAUCAUCAUGAUGACGUGUCCGUGGACACUUUGCUUCUUGAAAGUCCAAUAUAUUGAAAACAUGACUGCUGACAUGCAAAACAUUUUGGGACUGUAUCAAUAGUGGACUAAUUUAAAAAAUACCAAAAUAUAGUUUGACCUCUGCCCCCAGGUGAAAACCCUUCCAAGUUGGAUGCGAAGGUGAUCACCCAGAGGGCCAAGCUGCUCCACAAGUACCUGAAGGAUGAGCAGAAGGAGCUGCAGGCCCUCUACGCCCUGCAGGCCCUCAUGGUGGAGAUGGAGCAACCUGCCAGUGAGUGAGAUACACAAUGACUUCAGUCACUCUCCUCUGUUUCCCUAUGUGUCAAGUCUCUUUGGCAGUUUUUUUACAUGAAGACUCUCAGAUUUGUCCUGUGUUUGUCUCCCAAUGUUAGCCUUUUUCUUCCUUUUUUUCCAUAGGGGUAAUUUGACCGAGGGGUGUGGUUGACCAAUUUGUAACCUAGAGUAGUUAUUUGUGUGUACAUUGUAUAUUGAAAUCCUGUCUCGCUCCCCUUCCAUUGUGUUGACAUCCUGUCUUCCUCCUUUCUUGUAGACCUGCUGCGGAUGUUCUUUGACACGCUGUACGACGAGGACGUGAUCAAAGAGGAGGCCUUCUACAAGUGGGAGUCAAGCAAGGACCCAGCUGAGAUGCAGGGCAAGGGUGUGGCCCUGAAGUCCGUCACUGCCUUCUUCACCUGGCUCCGUGAGGCCGAGGACGAGGAGUCUGACAACAACAGCUAG